AUGAGUUUGAAUGUGAGAUAUAGCAGAAAAGCCCAGGAGAACCACAGUGAUGGAGAAGAGAAUCAGGUGCAGAUCUUAGAGGAUGAAGAGCAUUACGCUGAUCUUGGGUCACAAAAAGCCAAUAUUACAGUAAUUUUGGAAAAAGACGAUCUACAAAGAAAUUAUGACAACCUGCGCAUCAACAACAGCCAGUUACAAGAGGAAGUAACACAGCUACGGGGGAAACUUUCCAGGACAGUGUGUCCUGAAGGAUGGAAGACAUUUGGAUACAGUUGCUACUUCAAAUCUAGUGAGAGGAAAACAUGGUAUGAAAGCAGAUAUGACUUUGAGCAGAGAGGAGCAGAUCUGGUGGUCAUCAACAACAAAGAGGAACAGAAGUUUGUCAUUGAGCUGAAUGUGCAUAGAGAGUUCUGGAUUGGUCUACAGGCCAAAAAGGAACUAUCUACACCAACAGGAAAGGUGUACCAAUGGGAAUGGGUCGACGGAUCACCGCUGACAGAAAUGUUCUGGACAUCAGGGCUGCCACACAAUGUCACAAACUUGUUGAUGAAAGGAUACUGCAACCCACAAGGAAAAUGGGCACACAUCAGGGAUACUGCUGCUAAAUCCUGGAUCUGUGAGAAAUAGAUUUUGUGAAUGAUUUGAAUUGGUUGUUUAGUGUUGUGAUCAGCUUUGUCAAUCAAUUAGCUGACAUUGUACAUCUGUUCUGUUGUUUACUCAAUGUUGCAUGCUAAAUAACUUGGAAUACAUUGAAAACAUGAAAUUGAA